UGUACCGAUGGUCGUGGGUUGAGGACGCGUGUGUAUUAUUCUAUAGUUGUGACAUCUCCAGUGAUGUUCGCGAACGUCAGCGCGACUUGGGUGCAGGGCAUCAGAUCUCACGAUGGUAAUGGUGCGAUGACGUCAGGCCUGAAGAUGGAGUCGAAGGGCACCCAGAUUCACCUGCCGUUGAUGGGGCGUGGCAGCCGCGGGGAACUCAACGACAAAGUGACUUUCUCACAGGUCAAGUCGCCUCCAUACUCCGAGCAGCUCAACAAUGGACAGCUUUUAGGCGGAUCACAAAUGAAUUUAUGCAACGGUGGUGCAGGCACCGCUGGUAUGACGGGCCUAGUUCCGAAGAUACCCAACGGUUACGGGGACCAAAAGAAACCGAUGGCGUCCCUCACGCAUCUUCCGAAGAGGCCGCCAGUCGACAUCGAGUUCUCCGACCUUUCGUACUCUGUCAGCGAGGGUCGGAAGAGAGGAUACAAAGCUUUGCUCAAGUGCAUCAAUGGGACCUUCAGGUCUGGUGAGCUGACGGCGAUCAUGGGACCUUCUGGCGCCGGGAAGAGCACGCUCAUGAAUAUUUUAGCUGGAUACAAAACGUCCAAUGUCAGUGGUUCCAUACUGAUAAACGGGAAGGAGAGGAAUCUAAGAAGAUUCAGGAAGCUGUCGUGCUACAUCAUGCAAGAUGACUGCCUGUUACCACACCUAACAGUCAGGGAAGCGAUGUACGUCUCAGCAAAUUUGAAAUUGGGGAAAGACAUGAAAGGAACGGCCAAGAAGAUCGUCAUUGACGAGAUCUUGGAAAUGUUGGGUCUGGUAGAAGCUGGAGAUACAAGAACUAUCAACCUAUCUGGAGGGCAGAAGAAGCGUCUGUCCAUAGCCCUAGAGUUAGUGAACAAUCCUCCUGUGAUGUUCUUCGACGAGCCUACCUCGGGAUUGGACAGUUCGUCUUGUUUCCAAUGCAUAUCAUUGCUUAAGUCGUUGGCCAGAGGCGGUAGGACCAUAAUAUGCACCAUCCACCAACCGUCCGCACGUUUGUUCGAGAUGUUCGACUUCUUGUACACGCUGACUGACGGCCAGUGUAUAUACCAGGGGAAGGUCACUGGGCUGGUGCCUUUCCUUUCAUCCAUGGGGCUACACUGUCCGAGCUAUCACAAUCCGGCUGAUUAUGUAAUGGAAGUAGCAACGGGCGAGCACGGCGAUUUUGUCCAUAAGCUCGUGAUGGCGGUGAACAAAGGCAACUGCGGGCGCGGCCAAUCAUCAUCAUCAUCGUCAUCGACGUCGUCGGUGCCGCAGAACGUCAACUACAACAAUCAGAACACUAAGAACAAUGCUCAGAAAGCCGAAGCACUCGCCAUUGUGAUAGACAAACCAACCUGCACUGUGAUAGAUAUGUCAGAACCAGUACUUAACCCUGAAAAACAGAACCUGCCGAACUCAACCAACCUUGCCCCAGUCACCUGCACUACCUCACUCCUGGACUCCAACGAGAGCUUUAACAAGAAACCCAUCAGGACUGGCUUCCCGACCUCAGGGUGGAAGCAGUUCUGGAUAUUACUGAAGAGGACCUUCAGGAGUAUCCUCCGAGAUCAGACGUUGACGCAUUUGAGGCUAUGUUCGCAUACUGUGGUGGGGCUGUUGAUUGGGUUCCUGUACUAUGAUAUCGGAAAGGAUGCUGCUAAGGUGAUGAGCAAUGCUGGCUGCAUAUUCUUCACCGUGAUGUUCACUAUGUUCACUGCUAUGAUGCCCACUAUUUUAACAUUCCCAACGGAGAUGAGCGUGUUUGUGAGAGAGCAUUUGAACUACUGGUAUUCCUUGAAAGCGUUCUACUUUGCAAAAACCAUGGCAGAUCUUCCGUUUCAGAUAAUAUUCAGCGGCGUGUACGUGAUGAUAGUGUACUUCAUGACGGGGCAGCCGAUGCAGACGGACCGCGUGCUGAUGUUCACGACCAUCAACAUCCUGACGGCGCUGGUGGCGCAGUCCCUGGGGCUGCUCAUCGGCGCCGCCAUGAAGAUCGAGACCGGCGUGUACCUCGGGCCCGUCACCACCAUCCCCGUGGUCCUCUUCUCCGGCUUCUUCGUCAACUUCAACGCCAUCCCCAGCUAUCUGCAGUGGCUCACUUACCUCAGCUAUGUCCGCUACGGGUUCGAGGGCGCCAUGCUCAGCGUCUACGGGUACGGACGGGAGAAACUCCAGUGCUCCGAAGCGUACUGCCACUACAGACACCCGAACAUGUUCCUGAAGGAGAUGACCAUGGACCAGGCCAAUUUCUGGGUCGACGCCGGAGCGUUGAGUGCUCUGUUCAUUUUUAUAAGAAUCGUCUCUUACUUAGUGCUAAGGUUCAAGUUGAAGAUGAUGCAGUAGACGCACGCACAAAUCAAGAUGCGACUGCCGAGUUUUUCCAUAUCGAUCGAUUCGUGGUGUGGGGCUGCGAGGCUUUUUAGUGUCGAUAUGCAAUGUCCACUUAAUUUUAUGUGUUGCUUGGGGCAGAUAAGUUAACGGUCGAGAAGUUGCUCUUGGAAUGUACUCUUGGAUCGAAGGAGGAUAAUAUAACUAAGGCAAUCACAGAGAUGCAACUGGCCUAACAUAACAGGUGUAAUACUGGUGUAAAGGCUGUGACUGCCCCAAGGAAGUGAGGAUGCCAAGUGCGUAUCCAAUGACGAGAGACUUUCCGAAGUGGAAACCGGUCUUAGACGACGUAAGGAUCCAGAAACGCUGGCUUCUAGUGGUGCCAGAUGUUAAGUUAAAGUGCGAAUGAGUAGAGGGCUGUAGGCUGCAGUCGGUAGGAGUCUCAUUACUUUGCUUGAGGCGUCCCUAGUGCCCGGAGGCUUGCUUGCGGUCCCGGUAGAGCUGGAGUUUGUACGAGCGAGGUAGACUUUAAUUUGCUAGCUGUGUGAAUGCGUCGAGUAUAUUGGAGUGAAAUCUCUUUUGUUUUUGAAAGUAAUGUGAUUUUUUGUGUAAGCUUGAAAGUCAUGUUUGUAAUUGUUUAUCUAUGAGUAAUAGUUGCUAUAAACUGCCGUAGUGUUAUAUUAUUUACUUGUGCAAAGAUCAAACUCUUAGACAUGUGAUUAUUCAUCCUUUCCAAUUCAGAAAAUAAAAAAUGUAAACAAAUAUAUACUUUCAAUUAUAUCUAUAUUCACUGUGAUUGACAGAUCUGAACAAGAUUAAUUAAAAAGGUUAUCUUUGCUUAUAUUUUUCUGGUUUAGAUAAACAGAAUCUUGAAGUAACAGUCAGCUAUCAAAAACAAAAGAUGUUUGACUCGAAAGCGCGUCUUGUAUUUUAUAAUGACACGUAGCAUGGCUUCUAGGUUUAAUGCUGAGGCUGCAUGGAGACGGAUGAUGUAGUGACGGUAGUUUUCUAUAAAAAUUAGCUUACUAGGGCACAGGACUUAAUAUAGAUUGUUUUUACAUAACAUUAGUUAGGUUAGGUUUGGAAGUUUUAUAGGUGGGUCCCAUGACGUUAUGUUCCUUAUCGAUAACAUCUCAUUUGUAUUUAUUAAUGUUCACAAAACUUAGGAUUUACGAGUUGUAUUCCAUUUCAACAUAUUUUCUAGUUAUUAGUGUUUUUAAUGAUACGAUUUGAUUGCGCUAAAUUUUUGGGUAAAUCUCUGUGUAUAUCAUAAUUACCAGUAUUUAUUAUGAUUAUUAUUGAUAAUAAUAAACAACUGUGAUUUUUAUAGCAA